AUUCGCGUUGUCUGAAAGUAAGACUGCGCGAACUGCUCGACAUGAUGUAAGGAAAUUCCCUGAAGGUUUUCUGUUUGGCACAUCGACUGCUGCUUACCAAGUCGAGGGUGGUUGGAAUGCAGACGGUAAAUCUGAAAAUAUUUGGGACCACAUGACUCACGCCAACCCUUGCGUGAUCGCUGACUGUUCAAACGGAGACGUCGCCAACGACUCAUAUAACAAGUACAAAAGAGAUGUAGAGAUGAUGAGGGAACUAGGACUCGACUUCUACAGAUUUUCCUUAUCGUGGACCCGUAUUCUACCCACCAGUUUCCCCGAUCGUAUUAACGAAGCAGGAGUUCAGUACUACAGGAAUUUAAUCGAUGAAAUGCUUAAAUACAACAUUGAGCCUAUGGUUACGUUGUAUCACUGGGAUUUGCCGCAACGACUGCAAGACUUGGGUGGGUGGACCAACCCUCACGUAGUAGACUGGUUUGCCGACUAUGCGCGCGUUGCGUUUGGACUGUUUGGAGAUAAAGUAAAGUACUGGAUAACAAUUAACGAACCCAGGGAGGUCUGCUACCAGGGAUACGGAGCAGCAACUAAAGCACCUCGACUGGAUUUCAAAGGCGUGGCCGAGUACAUGUGCGCCAAAAACCUUUUGAUGGCUCACGCUAAAGCUUACCACAUAUAUGAUGAAGAAUUUAGGCCAAAAUAUAAUGGUUCAAUCUAUAUUUCAUUCAGUGCACAAUUUUAUGAACCAGAGUCUGAAAAGUAUAUUCAAGCUGCCUACGAAUCAAAUCAAUUUGAGUGGGGCGUGUAUACUCAUCCUAUAUUUUCCGAGACUGGAGACUUUCACCAGGUUUUAAAAGAGAAAGUAGCAGCUAAAAGUGCAGAGCAAGGUUUGUUCAGGUCCAGGCUGCCUGAAUUCACACCUGAAGAAGUGGAGUAUGUGAGAGGGUCCUCCGAUUUCUUUGGCCUAAACCACUAUUCAACUUAUUUGGUGUAUAGGAAUGAAUCUGUUGAGGACCGUUAUGAUGUCCCGUCAUUUUACGAUGACUUAGGAAAUGCACACUAUCAACCAGAUGACUGGGAUCGCGGUGUAUCUAGUUUCCUUAAGGUGACUCCAUGGGGCUUCUACAAACUCUUGACGCAGGUCAGAAACGAUUAUAAUAACCCACCCGUGAUUAUUACUGAAAACGGGUACUCCAGCUAUGGCGGUCUGGACGACGACAACCGCAUCUCUUACAUUAGAUUGUACCUUGAUGCUUUGCUGGACACCAUUGAUGAAGGUUCUGAUAUCAGAGCUUACACGGUCUGGAGCAUUAUGGACAACUUUGAAUGGAUGCAAGGAUACCGUGAGCGAUUCGGUCUGUACGAGGUGGACUACGAGAGCUCGGAGCGCACGCGCACGCCGCGCAAGUCUGCCUUCGUGUACAAGGAGAUAGUUCGCUCGCGCGCACUCGACUGGCACUACGAGCCUGACACUUCGGUGAUGACCAUCGACGAAGGACACUGAUACACGGCACUGGCUUGCUACCUAAUACUCACUAGCAAUAAACGCUUAAUUAAUCA